AUGUGCGCGCGCGUCGAAGUAGCCGCCGAUCCCGAUAAACUCAUGGAGGACUUGCUCGAGCACUGGAGAAGACGAACCGUCGCGCUCGAAGCCUUCGAGGGAGAGCUUCGAGAGACGCGCGCGGCGGCGACGCUUCCGAGCGAGGAAUCCGACGUGGAGAGCGAAGCGUCGAGUGAUGCGUCAUCGUCGACGAUCGCAUCCGAGGAUGUACUCAUGGUACGCGCACUGAUCGCGCGGCGUCCCGUGACUCUCUCGCGCUCAGAAACGCCGGCGAAACGCCGCCCCGCGUGGCGCGACAGGGACAUCGAAAGCGUCGUCGACGAAGAGAGCGACGACGACGAAGGCGCUUCGUUACGAGCGUUGCUCGGUAGAGCGGUGGAAGAGACGAUGGUGCGACGCCGACAACGCAUCGAGAGACAGGUGGCACGCCGGCGAGAGGUGAGUACGGCGCGCGAGCGGAGAGAUGCGGGACGUAAGAUCGCGCGAGCUAUUCGAGGAUGGCAUAUCACGCGCGUGCGCAAAGUUACACUCGUGCAGGGCGCCUGCAGACGCUGGCUCGCUGGACGGCUGGUGGUGAAGAUUCGGAUUCGUCUCGCACGCGCUGAGCGAGCGAUGCUCAGAUGGCGCCAAACGUGCAAUUUACUGCGUCAAUGGCGCGCGAGCGAGCAGGUUCAAGCCGCCUGGCGCGGAUACAAGACGCGAUGUUUACUUCUAAAAGACGCAGAGCGACGCGAACGGGUACAGAAACGUGUGGAGGCGAUCGUCACGCGAUACCUUGCGCGCGUUGAGCGCGCAAAACAAACAGCCGCAGCCGAACGAAUCAAGCGCGUUUGGCGCUCGUACUCUCGAGCAAGACUACUAGAGACGCAGUAUUCGUCUGUUUUGACGAUUCAACGCGUGUGGCGCGGUGCACGUGCGAGGAAGGCGGUGCGAAUCUAUCGCGAUGCUUCCUCGCGGAGAGUUGACUUCGAGUACGAUUUGGAAACCGUCGACGAGUCAGAUUUCAUCGACGACGACCUUGUCAUCGAUGACUCUCUGAGCGACGUCUUCGCAAGAAUUCAGGAAUCACCAUCCGAGAUCGCUCCCGAGGACGACAGUUCGUCACCGAUCGAAUCCAAGAGCGGCGCGUUGCUGACUUCGGACAUGGACGCGUCCAGCGUCUCUCGUGAACACCACGCCAGGUGUCGACGUCGAUUCAUCCGCGAGCAAAACCGUCGAAAACGUCGAUUGGACCUACAGAGUAACAGCGCGAGCCGCCUUGCGCGCUUUCGCUCGAGCGUGGCUCGCUCGUCGUGA